CUGCUGGCGGUGGCGGAGCCGGCGCUGACCCAGCGCGCGGCCGACGAUGCGGCGACCGCCUUCGGGGCCGCCCCGUCGAGGCCCGCCGCUUUCCACCGGGCCGCCAAGGCGGCGUGGCGGCUGCCCGGGCGCUACGUGGUGCUGCUGCGGGCGGGCAGCGGUGAGGCCGAGGUGCGCGGCACGGCGCGGGCGCUGCGGGUACGGGCGGCACGGCGCGGGUACCCGAGUGAGCUGCUGCACGUCUUCAGCCUGCUGCCCGCCUUCCUGGUGAAGAUGAGCAGCGACGUCCUGGACGUGGCGCUGAGGCUUCCAUAUGUGGACUAUGUAGAGGAGGAUGCGUACGUCUUCGCACAGAGCAUCCCCUGGAACCUGGGCAGGAUCGUACCACCACUGCCCGGCACAGACACCUACAGCCCUCCCAAUAAAGGUGACAAGGUGCAGAUCUACCUGCUGGACACCAGUGUGCAGAGCACCCACCGGGAGAUUGCAGGCAGGGUGUUCAUCACCGACUUCCAGAAUGUCCCUGAGGAGGACAGCAGCCGCUUCCACAGACAGGCCAGCAAAUGUGACAGCCACGGGACCCACAUGGCUGGGGUGCUGAGUGGGCGCGAUGCCGGCGUGGCCAGAGGGACACACAUCCACAGCCUCCGUGUGCUGAACUGCCAGGGGAAGGGAACCAUCAGCGGGACGCUCAUCGGCCUGGAAUUUGUUGGGGCAUUGCUGGAAGCUCAGCCCAGCCCGCUGCUGGUGGUGCUGCUGCCCUUCGCCGGUGCCCACAGCCGUGUGCUGAACGCCGGCUGCUGGCGGAUGGUGCAGAUGGGGGCGGUGGUUGUUGUGGCUGCUGGGAACUACAAGGAUGAUGCCUGCCUGUAUUCACCUGCAUCCGAGCCGGAGGUGAUCGCGGUUGGGGCCACGAACCGUGAGGACCAGCCAGCCUCCAUUGGCACGCUGGGCACCAACUUUGGCCGCUGUGUCGACCUGUUUGCCCCAGGGGACGACAUCAUUGGUGCCUCCAGUGACUGCAGCACCUGCUUCACCGCGCAGAGCGGCACAUCGCAGGCGGCUGCACACGUGGCAGGCAUUGCAGCCAUGCUGCUCAGUGCCCAGUCCCACCUCAGUGUGGCUGAGCUGCGGCAGCGCCUCCUGCGCUUGGCCACCAAGAAUAUUGUCAGCAAGGCCUGGUUCCCCGAGGAGCAGCGGCUGCAGACACCCAGCAGUGUGGUGGGGCUGCCUGCCCAGCUGGGCCCAGAUAAGGAGCUGCUGUGCCGCUCGGUGUGGUCGGCACGCUCAGUGCCCACCUGGCACGCCACAGCUGUGGCUCGCUGUGCUGGCACUGAGGAGCUGCUGGGCUGCUCCAGCUUCUCACACAGCGGCUGGUGGCUGGGCGAGCACAUGGAGGACAAGGAAGGGCAGAAGCAGUGCGUGGCCCACAGCGCCUUUGGGGGCCGGGGGGUCUACGCCAUCGCCAGGUGCUGCACGUGGCCCCACAGCCAGUGCCGGCUCAGCGCCAGCUCCCAGGGCGAUGACAUGGCUGGCUGCUCCUUGCAGGACCACGUGCCGACUGGCUGCAGCUUCCAGUCCCCUGUGGCUGUGCUGGGUGAUGGCGGCAGGCCCGUGCCGGGGCUGGGCAGCAGGCCUGGUGGCUGUAGGACAAGGCUGGAGGGCACAGCGCGUGCAUCCUGCUGCCCUGCUGCCAUGCUGCAGUGCCGCGUGAAGGAGCUCACGCCGCAGGGCUCUGCAGACAAGGUGACGGUGUCCUGCGAUGCUGGCUGGACGCUGACAGGCUGCAGCGCUCGCUCGCGGGGCCCCGGCACCUUGGGGUCCUAUGCUGUGGAUGACACCUGUGUUGCAGCCAGCACUGCUGGCAGCCACGCGCCAGGGGCUGUCGCUGUUUGUUGCCGGAGCCAGCAGUAGGGAUGGGCUGAGGGCAGUGCCGCAGCAGGCCUGGCUGACGGCAGGGCACAGCAGUGCCACGGAGCCCACAGCCUGCCUGAGCCCCAGCCCUGACCCCCAGCACAGGCAGCUUGCUGGCCCUGCCACCAUUUCCCAACCCCUUUCCUGUACGUACAGUGACUGUAGAGGCCGUUCGUGUCACCACACAGCUCCUACCUCUAUGCCAACAAAGCUCCCUCCUGUCCUUAGUUUCAUCUAACAGUUGAGUCAUUUCCAGGGGGUUUGAAAAUUGCCGACUCAGAUACCUGGAAGAUUUCUUUACUUUCCAGCCACUGCAAAGCUCCUAAUAUUAAUUCUGCUUGCUUGAUUAGAUUUUAGCUUGCAAUGCUACAGAAUCAGCUGCUGCUCCAUUAGUGUGGCUUUUGUUGCUGGAGUUCCACACUGCUCUGUUCUGCAGCUCCAAACAGACCCAGCUGCGCUUCCUUAUCAAAAAAAAAAGAACCAUCUUCUGUGGCACUUCAGUUUGUACGUCUGUACUUUCACUAUUUAUUUGGAGUUUUAUAAAUAAACCUUUUUAUAAAUGUCUUCUAAAAAUAAAAUUCCUAGAGCAGUUUUAACAGAUCGGACCCACGCUCUGGUUUCUGUCCAUGGCCAGGGGGAAAGGCUCCAGGGAGGAGCUGGGACGCGCUCUCUGAGCUCUGCUCUGUUUGGGACACAGCCGUUUGUUUUUGAAACAGCAUCGGAAUGCAAGAGCUUCAAGUUGUGGAAACAUCCCCCAGCUUCAGGAAACACGUCCUUGGUGCUAUUGCCAUCAACUCCGGGAGGCAGGCGGCAAGGUCCGAGCCCAGCAGGUGAGCGCAGGGCUCAGGAAGCAGCAGCUCACUGUUGCUGGAAUAUAAUUUGCUCGGUGCUGUGUUGAGGACAGCUUUAAAAAUGAAGCUUAACAACACGGGUACAGGUGGAUCUGUCAAGCUUUAGGUGCAUUUUCCCCCACUGGAAUGCCUGGUACAGACACGAGACACUGCUCCAGCUUUAACUGCACCAGGACCCCAGGUAGGAAGCACUGCUUGGAGAGGUUAGAACCAUUUCUAACUCUUUAGGUAAAGAUGGCAAAAGCCCAACCCCAACCUAUGUAAUUACAUAACACGUAGAUAAUCACAACCCAUAGCUUUAUCAGCUUCAAUCUUCACACAGGGGGGAAAAAGAGAGGGCUGAUAGCUGAGAGCUUACAGAAAGCCCUGGCACAGCUGGCAAUUUCCAGCAGACUGAAGGUACUCAGGGGCCAUAAGCACUUCUCCACUGCUGCAGGCAGAAGUCAUGGGGAUGCUCACACAGCAGAGUCCAGCAUAGCUCUCACGGCUCAGUUCACACACAUGAGAUCAGUGAAGGGCAAUGAUACGGGAACAUGAUCAGCCCUUGCUCAGUAUCUGUGUGCAGGUAAGCAGAAAAACUCAUCUUGUUUGUUCUGGGGAUCACACUGAAAAAAAAAAAAAAAGAAGAAAAAAAAAAACCAUUAAGGUAAACCUGAGGGAUCCUGUUACCUAAGGGCACCUGAGGCAGUUUUAUCAGCCCAAGAAGCAGCACGUGUACUUGGUACCCCAUCCUCCUCCAGGGCAGGCACUGCCAGGGGAGGCUGCAGGCUGGGUGAUGCUCAAAACACAAGUCCUUGUGCUUAUAUGCCCUGAGGCCUCUACCUUUGCUUGCAAAGGAAAGCAGAAAGGUGAUGGGGAUAGCAGCACAGCUCUCUGCACUGGGCACCAACACAUCUGCUCAUCUUGCUGUGAGGCACACAGAAGCCAGUCUAAUCCACGACUGCAAGCAGAGCUAGGGAAAAUCAUUCAGAUAAGGUCAGGAAAAGGAACUGCAGACAGAUACAAUCUGACAGGCACCACAACAUGCCCAGUGUGAGGCUGUGCAGUUGCUUUGGUUUGCUCCUGGCAGGUCCAGUAAGCAGGGUAACCUCUCAGAGCUCAUCAUCCAGAUGAAGAACUUUCAAGAGGAUCCACAAGACACUGUGUUGCACAGUCUAAAGACUACACUAGUUUUCUGUGAAAGGAAUAACUUUAUUCCAUUGACCAGGAAUCCCAAGACUGUUUAUCAAGACUGCCUAUUUUUCCAGUGCCACACGUUCAUGUAUUAAUUGGACAGUAUCUCCCCAAAUGCUCACAGGCAGGCUGAGGCUGCUCCUCACCGAACAUCAUGUAAGCUGUAUAAAAACAUUUUCAUCCAAAAAGAUCGGCAGUAAAAAGUACAACAUAGAAAUGCAUCACAAUUUACACAAAAACUAGUUUUGUUGAACUCUAUUUCCCAAAAAAAUAAUCUUCAGCAGGUUCAAAUGACAGCAGCUGGAAACCAAAAUAAUUGACCGAGUAUCACCUUAUUGCAAAUUAAAACCAUCGACUUUGUACAAGCGUGAGCAGAACCAUGAAAAAGUUUGUAUUGGUUUCAAGUAUACAGUGGUGAUGAGCCAUCCUGAUGCAGUUCUCCCAUCAGUGCUUCUCUGGGCAUGCAGUAAUCGAGGACGUUGUUUCCAUAGGAAAUAACAGGAACCUGAAGUGACAAG